AUGUGCUCUACCAUUCUGCUGAUACUUCAUAUAAAAGUGAGUGAGGCCAUCCAAAGCGUAUUGGAAGGACUGUCGGAGAGAAUCGACAAAUUACAACAAAAACACGUAACACCUGGCUCUCGGAGAUACGCUUCAGACGAGAAUACUCAAGCUAGCUCUUGGGCAACGACUGCAGUUGAAAACACAGAGGGAUAUUCGAAAGCCAGGAAAUAUAAGAAACGUACGAAUCACAAUUGGACACUCAAGGAGGACUGCGAUUUGCCUGGCUGGUUUGAGCAACAUCGGAACAUGUCCAGGAAAGAAAUUGAGAAGCGAUACCUCGUUUUCUCGGGCAAACGUCGGAGCUAUUUUUCUCUACAAACCAGACCUCACAAAUUAGGCUUCGGGUCUCUUUGUAACCAGAAAAAGAAGCCUUUACAUGAGCAGCAAGCUGCUGCCCAACCUCCCAUGUUGAGUCAAGCACCUUCCAUCGAUGGGGAAUCCAGUCGCCCAGCCCAGCUCUCCUUAUUUCUCGAUCAUUCUAUUUGCCUAGUCAGCGAUCAUAUGGGACUCAGACGAUCGAAUCUGUACCGUGCAUGUCACCGCGACAAACGCCCAGAACAAAUAGAUCGCCACGAGAGAUAG